UGAAAUUGUACUAACAGAUCUCUCACCAAUGAGUACCUAUACCAUCAGUGUGUACUCAUAUAUAGAUCUUCCUUCUAUUGAUUAUACAGUGACACUUUUGAUAAUGCAAAGAUAUUGUGAAGUGACAGUAUCUUCUUCUUCAUCAGUUUCAUCAUUCCACAGUGAUAGUGUUAUUGCUCUUGGUGUGUCAGUAGGUGUAUUGUUGAUUCUACUAACUGUCAGUGUUAUUUUUAAUAUCUGCUGCUUUAUAAGAAUUAAAGUUCAUUUUGCCACAGGUGCUACUAUUAAAGAUCCAAAAGCUGAUAAAGAUAUCGCAAUGCAAGUAUGUGAACCAUAUCAAAUUCACAAGAAUGAAGUAGUGUAUGCUGAAUGUCAAGCUUCACCUGAUGCUACUGGCACAUAUGACCUCUGAUGACUCUGUACUAAAUACUGAAUGGUCUUUUAAACAAAUACAUAGACUAGGUAUAGCCUAGAGCUGUAAUUAUUGUUAUUUAGUUGUGUUCAAUAAAUGCAAAUGUAGUACAUUUAUUGAUGUAACUCCCCAUUCCCCAACCUUAUAUAAUCAUA